GUCACUGGUGGAAAAUGGCUGCUCAGAGUGGCUCUCGAUUGCACUCUGAACACUAAAAAAGUGAAUUAAUCUCUUCGGUAUACAUCUGGACUUAUCCCAACAGGCGGAACAACAACACUCGGACGCUCCCACAGUGAGAAUGUCUCGCUGGGUGCCCACAAAGAAGGAAAAAUACGGAGUUGCCAUCUAUAACUACGAUGCCCGCGGAGAGGAGGAGCUGUCGUUGCAGAUCGGAGACACAGUGCACAUACUCGAGACACAUGAAGACUGGUACAGAGGGCAUAGGCUUAGGAGAAAAUCCAAAAAGGGCAUAUUUCCUGCUUGUUACAUUCACCUGAAAGACGCCACAGUUGAAGGCAGUGGCCAAAAGGAGACGGUGAUUCCUGCUGAGCUGCCCCUGGUUCAAGAGGUCACUACUACUCUGCGGGAGUGGGCUUCGAUAUGGAGGGAUCUAUACGUGGGAGACAAGAGGGAGAUGUUCAACUCCGUCCGCGACAUGAUAUAUGACCUCAUUGAAUGGCGUUCCCAGAUCCUCUCUGGCACCCUCCCGCAGGAUGAGCUGAGCGAGCUGAAGCAGAAAGUCACCUCCAAGAUAGACUACGGCAACAAGUACCUUGAUCUUGACCUUGUGGUGAGGGACAAAGACGGAAACAUUCUGGACCCGGAACUCACUAGCACAGUCAGUCUCUUUAGAGCACAUGAAACAGCCUCCAAACAAAUUGAGGACAGGAUCCAAGAGGAGAAGUCCCAGAAGCAGAAUAUUGACCUCAGCAGACAGGCCAAGUUUGCAUCUACACCAGCGUUUUCCCUGUUUGUGACUCUGAAGAACGUGGUGUGCAAGAUUGGGGAAGAUGCUGAAGUUCUUAUGUCGCUUUAUGACCCUGUGGAAUCCAAGUUUAUCAGUGAAAACUACUUGGUGAGAUGGUCGAGCUCUGGUUUGGUGAAAGACAUCGACCAGCUUCAUAAUCUGAGAGCUGUUUUUACGGACUUGGGCAGUGAAGACUUGAAAAGGGAUAAGAUCAGUUUCGUGUGUCAGAUUGUGAGAGUGGGACGAAUGGAGCUGCGGGACAACAACACCAAGAAGCUGACGUCUGGACUUCGGAGACCUUUUGGUGUUGCAGUUAUGGACGUCACCGAUAUCAUUACAGGAAAAAUGGAUGAUGAGGACAAGCAGCAUUUUAUCCCUUUUCAGUCGGUUGCAGGUGAGAACGACUUUCUGCAGACUGUCAUCAACAAAGUUAUCACCGCAAAAGAGGUCAACCAUAAGGGACAAGGCCUGUGGGUGACUCUGAAACUGCUUCCCGGAGACAUCCAUCAGAUCAGAAAGGACUUCCCCCAUCUUGUUGACCGAUCGACUGCCGUGGCACGGAAGAUGGGCUUCCCUGAGAUCAUCAUGCCAGGUGAUGUGCGGAACGACAUCUACUUGACUUUGGUUCAAGGCGACUUUGACAAGGGCAACAAGACGGCGCACAAGAACGUCGAGGUCACCAUGUCAGUUUACGAUGAGGAUGGCAAAAAAUUGGAGAACGUCAUCUUUCCUGGAGCAGGUGAUGAAGGAAUCAAUGAAUACAAGUCGGUCAUCUACUAUCAAGUGAAGCAACCACGCUGGUUUGAAACCAUCAAGGUUGCAAUUCCAAUAGAAGAUGUGAAUCGCAGCCAUUUGAGAUUUACGUUUCGGCACAGAUCAUCACAGGACUCAAAAGACAAAUCGGAGAAAAUCUUUGCCUUGUCUUUCGUGAAGCUGAUGAGAUAUGACGGCACAACUCUGAGGGACGGCGAGCACGACCUGAUUGUUUACAAGGCAGAAGCAAAGAAACUUGAGGACUCGUCCCUGUACCUGAACCUGCCAGCCACCAAGCUAGAGCUGGAAGAGAAGGGCUACUCUAUCAGCGGCAAGAGCACUCAGAACCUUGGCAACUGCGUCAUCAGCAAGGACUCUUUUCAGAUCUGCACCUUGGUCUGCUCCACUAAGCUUACUCAGAACGUCGACCUUUUGGGGCUGCUGAAGUGGCGGUCCAACACCACUCUGCUGGAACAGAACCUCCGGCAACUCAUGAAGGUGGAGGGAGGUGAAGUUGUUAAGUUUCUGCAAGACACACUGGAUGCUCUCUUUAACAUCAUGAUGGAAAACUCUGAGAGCGAAACCUUUGAUACGCUGGUGUUCGAUGCUUUGGUCUUCAUAAUAGGUCUUAUUGCAGACCGAAAGUUUCAGCACUUUAACCCUGUUCUUGAGACCUACAUACAAAAGCACUUCAGUGCCACGCUGGCAUACACAAAACUCACCAAAGUUCUGAAGAACUAUGUCGAUGAUGCAGAGAAGCUGACUGAGCAAUUGCUGAAGGCCAUGAAAGCUCUUGAGUACAUAUUCAAGUUCAUCGUUCGCUCUCGAAUCCUCUUCAAUCAGCUUUACGAGAACAAAGGAGAGGCCGACUUCAUGGAGUCCUUGAGGAACCUUUUCACUUCCUUCAAUGACAUGAUGAGCAGUAAUUCUGAAAACACUGGCAUGGUCAAGGGAGCUGCAUUGAAGUACAUUCCCACCAUCGUCAAUGACGUGAAGCUUGUCUUCGAUCCGAAGGAACUCAGCAAGCUGUUCACGGAAUUCAUCUUAAAGGUUCCUCCGGGUCGCCUGGUAAAGCAGAAGCUGGACUGUCUGAUCGACAUCGUCCACAGUGAUCUCUUCACUCAUCAUGACUGUCGGGAGAUCCUCCUGCCACUGAUGACGGACCAACUCAAGUUCCACUUGGAGAAACGAGAAGAGCCGAGAGAUUGCUGCCAGCUGCUCAGUGACAUCCUGGAGGUGCUCUACAGGAAGGAUGUGGGUCCCACUCAGUGGCAUGUGCAGAUCAUCAUGGAGAAAUUGCUGCGGACUGUAAAUAGAACAGUCAUUUCCAUGGGUCGUGAUUCCCCGCACAUUGGCAGUUUUGUCGCCAGCAUGACAGCAACUCUCAGGCAAAUGGACGACUACCACUAUGCUCAUCUCAUCAACACUUUCGGGAAGAUCCGGAGCGAUGUAGUGGAUUUCCUAAUGGAGACAUUUAUCAUGUUUAAAGAUCUCAUAGGGAAGAACGUCUACCCCUCGGACUGGGUCAUCAUGAACAUGAUGCAAAACAAGGUGUUCCUCCGAGCCAUUAAUCAGUAUGCUGCUGUUUUGAAUAAGAAGUUUCUGGAUCAAACAAACUUUGAGCUACAGCUGUGGAAUAACUACUUCCAUCUGGCUGUGGCCUUCCUCACCCAGGAGUCAUUGCAAUUGGAGAAUUUCUCCAGUGACAAAAGAGCCAAGAUCUUCCACAAGUACCAGGACAUGAGACGACAAAUAGGUUUUGAAAUCCGGGACAUGUGGUACAAUCUUGGUCCCCACAAGAUAAAAUUCAUCCCAGAGAUGGUAGGUCCAAUUCUGGAGAUGACAUUGGUUCCAGAAAUUGAGUUGCGAAAGGCCACUAUCCCCAUCUUCUUCGACAUGAUGCAGUGCGAGUUCCACUUCACAUGCAGCUUCCAAAGGUUUGAGAACGAGAUCAUCACCAAGCUGGAUCACGAGGUGGAGGGGGGACGUGGAGACGAGCAGUACAAAAUUCUCUUUCAGAAAAUCUUGCUGGAACACUGCAGAAAGCACAAGUAUUUGGCCAAAACCGGCGAGACCUUUGUCACGCUCGUGGUUCGGCUAUUGGAGCGGCUGCUGGACUACAGGACCAUCAUGCACGACGAGAACAAGGAAAACCGGAUGAGCUGCACCGUCAAUGUCCUUAACUUCUACAAGGAGAUUGACAGAGAGGAGAUGUACAUCAGGUACUUGUACAAAUUGUGUGACCUUCAUAAGGAGUGUGACAACUACACUGAGGCUGCCUACACUCUCCUGCUGCACGCCAAACUGCUCAAGUGGUCAGAUGAGCAGUGUGCCGCCCACUUGACCCAGAGAGAUGGAUACCUGGCUGCCACACAAGGGCAACUGAAGGACCAGCUGUACCAGCAGAUUAUUAAUUACUUUGACAAGGGCAAGAUGUGGGAAGAGGCCAUCAUCCUGGGAAAGGAACUUGCAGAGCAAUAUGAGAAUGAGAUGUUUGACUUCGAGCAGCUCAGUGCCUCCCUGCGAAAGCAGGCCCAGUUCUAUGAGAACAUUGUAAAGGUCAUCAGGCCCAAACCCGACUACUUUGCUGUGGGCUAUUACGGAUUGGGGUUCCCCUCCUUCCUGCGCAAUAAGAUGUUCAUCUACCGUGGAAAGGAGUACGAGCGCAGGGAGGAUUUUGAGGCCAGACUCCUCACACAGUUCCCAAAUGCAGAGAAGAUGAAGACAACAACACCACCCAGUGAGGACACAAAAACAUCCUCUGGGCAAUAUAUCCAAUGUUUUACUGUAAAACCGAUCCUGGACUUACCAGCCAAGUUCCAAAACAAGCCAGUCUCUGAACAAAUCCUAAGUUUCUACACUGUAAACGAAGUCCACAAGUUCCAAUAUUCCAGGCCAGUGAGGAAGGGCGAAAAGGACCCUGACAACGAGUUUGCAAACAUGUGGAUUGAGAGGACCACCUUCUCCACAGCAUACAAACUCCCCGGCAUCCUGCGCUGGUUCGAGGUCAAGUCUGUGUCUACUGAGGAGAUAAGUCCACUGGAGAACGCCAUGGAGACCAUGCAGCUGACCAAUGAGAAGAUCAGCAGCAUGGUGCAGAGGCACCUCAAUGACCCCAACUUGCCAGUCAACCCUCUCUCUAUGCUGCUCAACGGCAUUGUGGAUCCAGCAGUCAUGGGAGGUUUCGCCAACUAUGAGAAGGCCUUCUUCAAUGACAAGUACAUGCAUGAGCACCCUGAUGACCUGGAGAAGAUCGAAAAACUGAAGGAACUCAUUGCCUGGCAGAUCCCACACCUGGCCGAAGGUGUUCGGAUCCAUGGCGAGAAGGUAACGGAAUCUCUGAGACCAUUCCACGACCGCCUGGAGGCGUGUUUCAGACAGCUGAGGGAGAAGGUGGAGAAGCAGUACGGAGUGAAGAGUCUGCCGGCAGCAGAUGAGCGGAGAGGGUCUCGCCCUCACUCCAUGGUCCGCUCAUUCACGAUGCCGUCCUCCCAGCGCCCCCUGUCUGUGGCAUCCGUCACAUCCAUUUCCUCCGACAACUCGCCAUCCCGACCUGGCUCAGACGGCUUUGCCCUGGAGCCACUGCUGCCUAAGAAGCUCCACACCAAGUCCCAGGACAAGCUGGACCGGGACGAGCCCGAGAGGGAGCGCAAGGAGAAGAAGAAGGAGAAGAGGAACAGCAAACACCAGGAGAGCUUUGACAAGGAGCUCAAGACCGCAGAGAUACAGCUGCAGCCCACUGAGGCUGUCAUUCUCUCUGAAACGAUCAGUCCACUGCGACCUCAGAGACCGAGGAGUCAGGUUCUGAGCCAAAUCGGGGGAGACCGCCGUCUCUCUGUGUCCCCUGGUCCUCCUCACUCCGCCAGCAACUCCUCCACCUCUUCACCAGGACCCCCGCCUGUCACCCCCAGGAGCAAACUCCCCUUCAGCCUCCACUCUUCCAGUCUGGAACUGAACGGGACUCCUCCGCCGCUGCCUGUCAAAGGCAGCACGGCAGAUUACGGCAACCUGUUGGACAACCUGGACGUGACGGCUCCCUCAACACCCCCUCAUCACAAGCAUGCCCCGCCUCCUUUACCAAGCAAGACUCCGCCUCCACCCCCUCCCAAGACCACCAGGAAGCAGGCCUCUAUCGAUUCUGGAAUUGUACAGUGAACCAGCCACGGGCCAAAACCUGCAACUGUUUUCCCAGCUAUACACAAACGUGGUGUGUUUUUACAUUCCUCUCCUCCUCAGCCUGCUAGACCAGUUAAAAUACCUCACCACUCCAUAACCCAAAAUCGACUUUUGCCUUUUAAAAUUUCCUGUCACUUGCGUUGGAGGCGACCAUCGGACCAGCUACAGAACCUUUCCUUCAUAUUCCCACUGUGUACAGAGGUUUGUAUAUAUAUGAUUUUAUUGUAUUGAGGCUUUUGUAUUUGUUAACUUUAGAUCCACUUGUAUGAAAAAAGGGCUUUUGGCUUUUCAAAAGAAUUGGAGUGCACAUUAAAACUAACUUUGCUGUAACUUUGGAUUUGCUACAGUGACUGUCCCAAAUUCACUACUGACCUGAGUUCUGAAUAAAAAAAAAAAAUGAAAUGUAUGUAUUUUUAAAAUAAACAACGAACCUCAGCUGUGUUGAGUGUGUCCGACCUCAUCCCCUCCAUCUUCCCCCAAACAUGAUGGACGGGUGUCGCAGUACCACCUAGUCAUUAUGAAAACAGUCGCCAGAACGUAGCGUGCUCCAUAAUGACGAGCAUCCAGCUAAUGCGGGGUCAUUUACAUAAUGUGCUUGCUCGCCGAGUCGUCGUUUUGCUUUUGCAAAUGCGAAUUGUUGCCCACGUUUGGGGAAUCCGCAAGCUCGGGUGCAAUUUAUAACCUUGAAAUCUGUGCAGGGGUCAGUGGAAAUGGUUCUCUGUGUGUGUCUGUAUUUGCCGAGGGGCAGAGACUGAAAUCUGCCAUCUUUGUGGUUAAGUAUUCCGGAAAAGAAUUCCCUUUUUUGUGGAAAGUUCACUGUAAAUGUGGUUUGGGCUCACAGCAAACUUCCAAUUUUUCUUAUUCAUCGACAAAAAAAAAGGAGAGCUGAGUGACUUGAAGUAUUUCUGUACUUGUGGAAGAAACUGAAUAGUCGGUAGGUGUCGGAGCGGCAGGUGAGCUAUUCAUUUUGUCUGUUUUAUCAUUUGAACAUGCCGCUGUAAGAAAUAGGUUUAUUGACACUGAAGUAGACCCAUGUGGUUUUUUUUUUAUGAUGCUUUAUUCUUUGAGUGUGAGAAGACGCCACGAGUCUACUUUGAUUAAACCGCCUCACAACUUGAGUCGAUCAUCUGUGUGCUCUCUGUUGUGCCUCUGCUUCUCUAACUGCAUUUCGGAUGACUUGAACCGAUUAGUGAACUGUCUCCUCCCUGUAAAUUCUUCCAUCAUCGUUGCCCCCAGUGAAGCAUUUACAUGGUUUCCUGUCAUUUUGCUUCAGCCUGAACGUUUCGGCAAAUGUAUUUACCGAGGCUCACAAAAACAAGCUUGUGUUCGCCUCGGGUGGCUCAUAUUCCUCUUUUAUUCUGCUGACACAGUGAGUAGGUGUCCGCGGGGGAGAUGCUCAAACACAAGCAUCUGUCUGAAAAUAUGUCCUUAUUAUUAAUAACCAUCAUCACCAAUGUCUGUGUUCUGACUCUCAUUUUUCGUUUCAUUUUAGCUAGCAAUGUGCUCGGUCCAUUUCAAGUGACUUCUGGACUCUCAAUUUGGCCACCAGAAGCUCUUGUCUGCUGUAAGCCUGUAAAAACAUCCACUGCAGUCACAGCAUUCUCUGACACUGACCAAGAUGCAAGUGAAGCUGCGUUAAAUGGCGAAUUAUUAAAGUAGCAUCCGCCUCUCCAAGUUUCACCAGCAAGUUUGGCGGUUCUGACGCUUCAU